UGCUGUGCAAAAUUGCAAUUACCCAAAACUUCAGGGGCACAAAAGCGAAAACUGAAAUCCCCAUUUUGAAAUUUCAAGUACAAAACAGAGCUUUUUUUUCAUAAUAUAAAAAAUUCCAUUGAAACUUUAUUUCCCCAUUUGACCCCCCAUUUUCCCUCGAAAUUGCGACCUUUGCCAUUCUCUCUUCAAACCUUUCAAUAUCUCUCUCCUCUCUCUCUCUCUCUAUCUCUCACUGACCCACCGUUUGGUUGCAGGAUUUUGAGAGGAGAAAAGGAAAAGAAGAUAGUGGAGAAAUUAUUUUCCACUGUCGGAGUAUAUUUUUAGGAUAUUCCGGUGAUCUGAGCUCUGAAGAUCUAUUUUCGUUUCAUAUGGGGUACCUCCUCCACUUGUGCAUUUGAGGGUUUUUCCCCCCCGCGGUUUUGUACGUCGAGAGAUCCGUGGUUUUAGCAUUUAGUUAUGGCGGAAAAAUGCGGAGAUUUUGCUUCUUUGUUCGAAGAUUCAAAAUGCCCAGUAAUUUUCAGCUCCCUUCUCUCGUAAAUUACUCCAGCUGGCGCAGCUCGAUUCUCGAUCUGUGGAUGUGAGGUCGUCGCUUCGGUCCUGAAGAUUGAGCUUUUUUGUGCUUAUUUACCCCAGAAAUUAGGGUUUUCGCCGUUCAGGUGUUGUCGGUCGUGGAUUCUAAAUUAGGUUCGCAAUUUGGGUUGCGUAAUUUUGUUUAAUUUGUUCUCUGCGAUGAAUCGGAGUUUUAGGGCACCGGAGAGGGGGCAAAUGGGGAGUCUGAGAUUCAAGGAUAACAAAGACGAGGAUUUGGCAUUAUUUAGGGAAAUGAGGAAGCGUGAAAAAGAACGGAACAAUCUUCUUCUUCUUCAAACCUCCGACGAAUUUGAUGCUCCACUUGGACAAAGAACUGGUAGUUCUCCAAUAUUUAAUAUAACCGCAGGUACACCCGCUCCUGCCCGCAAGACGGGUACUGACGAGUUUCUCAAUUCUGACAACGAUAAAAAUGAUUAUGAUUGGCUUUUAACUCCCCCUGGCACUCCUCUUUUUCCUUCACUGGAAAUGGAAUCACAUAAAACUGUCAUGAGCCAGAUGGGAACUCCAAAAGCUCGCCCCACAACUUUGAAAUCUAGACUGGCCAAUCCCCAGCUCGAGCCUGCUGCAAGGAGCAAUUUAUCGUCCAGGCAAUCAACUCUAUCUCCUGGUUUGAACACUUCAACUGGUGGACUCCGCAGGCCAUCUUCUUCCGGUGGUCCCGGAUCAAGACCAGCAACACCAACUGGACGACCAACCGUUAGCUCAUCAUCUAGACCCACUUUGUCCUCAUCAUCAAGUAAGCCCUCGCUGUCGUCCUCAUCAGCAGCAUCAGCAGCUAAAACCACUUCAAACACAGCAUCAUCUCGAGUAACACCAUCAACAACGUCAAAACCUUCAAGAUCUUCCACACCCACCAAUUCUCGCCCCACAUUAUCUUCAGCUAAGCCCGCAGCCCCCACAAGAUCUUCCACUCCUACAUCAAGGUCCACCGCACCACGUUCCUCAACACCAACUAGCAGACCAUCCCUGCCCACAUCAAAAUCUGUGUCUCGGGCCUCAACUCCAACUCGUAGGCCCGCAAUGCUGUCCACUUCAACAAGCUUACCUUCUCUCUCGGUUAACAAGUCCCCAAAGUCCUCUUCACUAGCCAAGCCAGUUCCAUCUGCAGCAAAGAAUCCGAAUCAGAAUCAGAAUCCUCCUCCAACGAGGUCUAAUUCUCCAUCAGUUAGGCCCAGACCAUGGAAGCCCUCGGAAAUGCCUGGAUUCUCCCUCGAUGUUCCGCCCAAUUUAAGAACAUCCAUGUCUGACAGGCCGCCUUCAGCUACUAGAGGUAGACCUGGAGCACCAAGUUCUCGUUCUUCGUCUAUUGAGCCUGGUUCUAACCCAAGGAUCAGAAGACAAUCGUGUUCUCCGAGUAGGGGGCGGCCCCCUAACGGCAUGACUCAUAACAGUGGAAGCUCUGUCCCUGUGCCUGCUGUGAAUCGGUUUCAUGCUAAGGCGAAUGACAAUGUGAGCCCCGUUCUCUUAGGAACUAAAAUGGUUGAUAGGGUGAUGAAUAUGAGGAAACUAGCCCCACCCAAGCAAGACGAUAAGCAUUCCCCUCACAGCAACUUAUCCGGAAAGUCCUCUUCGCCCGACAGCUCAGGCUUUGGGAGAACCCUUUCGAAGAAAUCCUUAGAUAUGGCUAUCAGGCAUAUGGAUAUAAGGCGAACUAUUCCGGGCAAUCUAAGGCCUUUGAUGACUAAUAUACCUGCAUCAUCCAUGUAUAGUGUGAGAUCUGGGCCGCCCAGAAGAACAGUGAGUGUUUCUGAUUCUCCGCUUGCAACGAGUAGUAAUGCGAGUUCUGAAGUGAGUGUGAACAACAAUGCACUUUGCAUGGAUGGGCAUGAAAUCGAUGAUGAUGUCAGCAGUGACAAGGGUAUACGAUCUCCGGCCAGCUUACGUGGCAGGUGAUGGUAUUUUGUUCACACUACUACUACUACUAUUACUACCUCGUACGUAUUUACUGUUCUACCCAUCACUUUCUAAAUUGUGGACAAGUAUUCUAGUGGCGGCAAGAGUAACGACUGAUUUGACUGUUCUCCGGAGAAGAAAGAGAGAAUUGUUUAAUGUAAAUUUCUAUGCAUGGUUAGUAUGCCAUUUGAUGUAUUGUAUCUCACAUUAGCAAAACCUGUUAUAUGUGCUGUGCACUGUAUUCUAGCCUUUGUUGUUUGUUUGGCAAUGGAAUGUACCAUCACCCUUCUAUUGUGGAAUUCAGAUAUAGAGAUACUUCUAAUUUGUUUAAGCUAAUUCGAAUA